AUGCCACCAAGCGUCACUCUCACUCUCUUCGAGCCGGUAACCUACCUGCGUGGUCAGUCCACUACUCUCGACUCGUCCCGUGAAAGACUGCGCAGCGCCUUCUCCCUCAAUGGCGGUGUCAAUGGCGAGUCUCAGCCCAGUCAGCUGCGAGGACUGGUCACGGUAACACUUCCAAAGCCAACGAGGAUCAAGAGUGUGGAGCUCGUGUUGAGCGGAAUUGGUAGGACAGACUGGCCGGAAGGUAUUGGCAGUAAUCGAUUGGAGCUUGCGGAUAUCGCUCCUAUCAUCAAGGAAGAAGUGGUCCUCUUUGAUGCCAGAGCGGAAGAUGCGCCGGCUGCGCCUCUGAGACGUGCUAAUAGUGUUGGACCUGGAGUCACGGGUUUUGGAGAGGAUGUGGACUGGUCUUUGAUGGGCGAGGAGGCAGGGGCUUCCGGCAGCCAGGCAAGAGGCAAGGGCAAGGAGAGGGAGACGCCCAAUCUAGCUCGCUCCAUGGGCAAAGCUGCUGCGAAGGCCGGAAGUGCUAUCCUGCCGCCCACCUUGCUGAGAGAUAUUGCAAACGCUAGACCUGAUAAGCACAGAGCAAGCAGAUCAGAGCCCGUCCCGACAUCUCCUACGGCGAUACCGAGACAAGAAGGCGGGCCGGGGCAUCUCGGACUGAACGCUUCACGCUCGCCAUCAGCGACUUACGAGCCUCCUCCUCCGGUGUAUCAGCCUCGGCGACCCUCCGACGAGAUGUCUUCUCCGUCUGGAGCCAGAAGGCUGUCGGCUCAAGAAUCCCAAGAACCCUCGGCCUCGUCGUCCCAAACGUCGAUUCUCCCCUCGACUCCACCUAGCCAAGCUACCAGCAGCGCAACGUCUCUGUCGUCGACAUCGGCAGCUGGACCGGGAACACUCUCACCCACUUCCUCCUUUGCCAAUAUCUCGACAGGUCCAACGCUACCUGCACAGUCUGUCUCGGCGGCUGGGCCUCACGGUAGAUCCAUCCUGCAUGCUCCCCGCAGAGGUCGUUCACCACCGCCCCUCGAUGGUGCCCCUAUGUCUGCUCGUGUAGUGGAGACGUCAUCGGCAAGAACCCGAGAUGCAAGCGAGCCUAGCGUCAGAUUCGAUCCGAAAGACCUGUGUGAGGGAUCUACCACUCCGGUCCCACUCUCGCCUGUUGCUAGUCGCGAGCAGACUCGAAGUGGUUAUGCAGAGAGCGCUUCUGGUGGGCACCGAGCCUCGCCUUCGCCUGGAUCAAGACAGACGAAGCGAGAACCUUCUGUGUCUGCUCCGACCUCCAGAAGAACGUCGUUCGACGCUCUCGCUAAUGCCCUUGAUGUAGCGAGUAAGCACAAAGGAAAGGGCAAAGCCAGUGGAGAUGCUAGUCCCAAGACUGGAUCAGCCAAUAGCGCUUCUCACAAGAAGUCGGGUCUCAAAGGUCUUCUUGGUGGUCUGAGAAAGGAGGAAGGAAGUUCCAAGGGGCGUUCAGACGCAGUCUCACCUGCUGCAAGCCAGAAUUCCGCAGCUAGACGUCGCAGCUUAGAACAUGGCGCCCCGGCACCCCCUGCACGUGCGGUAUCCUCAGAUCGGCUCACCUCGAUGAACUCCUCCCAUGCGCCUCACCAAGCACCUCAAUUCCAUUCCUCCGCAGUCUGCGAUUGGAGAGAAUUCAAGAAGGGCGUCUAUAGCUAUUCCGUCUCCUUGCCCCUCCCAGCCAAUCUUCCACCAACGAUUCAUGCCGAUUUUGGAUCCAAUACCUACACGCUCAAAGCUGUGGUCAGACGUCCGGGCGCUUUAACGCCGAAUUUGAGCUGUGAGAAGGAAGUGGUACUGAUUCACGCUCCGGAUGAGGAGGGAGGGGAGGAGACGGACUCGAUUGUGGUGGAGAGGACGUGGGAGGAGGCACUGACGUACAGGGUGUUUGUCAGUGGGAGGAGCUUCGCUUGCGGGUCCAAGAUUCCUCUCACUUUCAAGUUCAUCCCGCUAGGGGAGAAGAUUCGUAUCUGGCGAAUGGCCGUCGUCUUGGAAGAGAAGACGCACUACUAUGCCAAGCGCAAGAAGAUUGCAAGGCACGAGACGCCGCGACGCUUUACCCUCCUCAAGCUCUCCCCCACCAAUGCUUCGGGCGAGGCUUCCACCUCGACUGCUGUCGUGGACCUAGCAGCCACUCGGCCUCUUCUGCCCAUUGUUUCAGACUCGGCAGACGCGCUAAUGCAGAGUCCACUCGGGCAAUACGCAGUCGCAGCGGCAAGACUAAAUUUGCCUGCUCAGGUCCUCGCUCAGGCAAAUGCGGCUCGCGAGAAUGAUCCGUUGAACGACAGUGAAGUUGAACCGCUUGGUGAUGAAGCUCGUCAAGACGCGCUUGCCACUCUCUUAGACCCUGGAGGACCCUGGGAGCUGAGCAUGGAUGUCGAAUUGCCCGGAAAGGACAGUCGGAUCAACACGUCUACAGACCACAAGCGAUCCAAUAUUACCGUCGAGCACGUCCUCCGGAUGAGCUUCCGAGUGGAAAAAGCCAGACCGGGCGCACCAGUCGGUGGAAAACCGAUGCUCUUCGAUAUUGUCAUCGAGUCGCCCGUCACGAUCAACCACUCGCAUACUGCAGACGCUUGGCUCUCCCUACCCAACUACUGGGCCGUAGCCAAUGUCCAGCCACCCUCUAGCGCUGCAUCUGACUUUGGCUAUGGCGCACACACCCAAUCAGGCAGUCGAUCCGUUCCCGUUCCCGGCUCACUAGCCCCAAGUGGAGAUGGUAAAGCGCGAUAUGUCCCCGAAUCGGACGACUACUUUGCCACAUCACACUACCGACGGAGCAACAACAAGUCCAACAACAAUACGGGAAGAGGAACUUCCCCUUCGCCUGGAUAUCUCUCAGCUGCAAGCCCACAUUCCGGCUCGGGCCGGUGUAGCCCGCUCUCCUCUCCACCGAUUGCGUCGAGCUCCAAUCGGGCGAUCAGUCCUGCUUCUAGCCCCUCAGCGGGUCGAGCCACAGGUGCAGGUGCAGGUGCAGGUGCAGGUGCAGGUGCAGCUUCGGCUGAGAGAAGAACAUCAGCAGCACAGCCGCAAGGUCCAGCUUCAAGUGGAGAGUUUCGCUCUGCGGCAGACGAGUGGCUUCACCUCUCCGAGGAGCGCUGGGCGGGUCCUCCCACGAGUGGAAUUGGAAUCGGAAUGGUCAUGGACUCGAUGAGUGGAUUGAGUGUCGGCGCGGGCGGUUCAAGUGCCGGAGGAGUUGGGACUGGGACUGGGACUGGGACUGGGACUGGGACUGGGACUGGGACUGGGACUGGGACUGGGACUGGGACUGGGACUGGGACUGGGUCUGGGUCUGGGGUUGGAACGGUAGGAACAGGAAAUGCUGGACUGAUGAACAGUGAUGCGAAUGGGAUGGGAGCAAGCAGUCGCAGAGGAAGCCUCAUCACCAGUGGAGGGUCAACUUCAAUGGGCGACCCGGCCUCUGUGUCUUCGUCUUCCGCUGGAGAGACAGACGGGCCACCUUCGUAUGCCGUAGCCGUGCAUCGCGCGACGAGUCCCGCCGUCAGUCCGGGAAACGGUAGAUGA